AGGUUGGGCUGGCUGGCUGGGCCGGCGGCAGCAUCGCCGACGGCAGGGCGGCGGGUGAGCCGCCCGCCCCCAGCGGCCCGUGGCUCCGUGGCGCCGCGGAGGCCGCGGCCGGUGCUGCUGGCGCCGCGGCGCGGCAGCCCGCAGGUGCGGCAGCUCGCGGGGCCGCUGACCUCGGAGGUGCUGGUCCUGCGGCCGUCUCGGGAGGGGCUGCGGGCGAGGGCGUGGAGGCGCCGGCAGCGGAGCGGACGAGCACCACGUCGAGGAAGCAGAGUCGAUGCCCGAUGAUGUUCGUGGCAACGUGACCGCUGGAGGUACGACGGUUGGCAGUUGGGACAAAGAGCCGGCUGCCAUGGACAGCGUGCCCAAAGACAGCGCCGUGGUUGUUGCAGCCAGUUAAUACGAUUAGGUUCUGCAAAAGGCAGGACGAUGACCCAGAGCAGUAGAAGAAGCAACAUUCGAUACACAGGGUGGGGCAGCUUGACGCGAGAGUCAGAAGGGCGUCGUGAAGAUCGGCGUCGACAAAAG